GGAAGCUACCGAGUUAUAGGCUUUGGGGAGGGAGGUAUAGCAAAAGGCAUUUGCUAGAAGACAGCCAUAUCGACAUCUUUACCUCAGUGGGUUAAACAGCAUUGGUCCCAGUAGCCAUGUCAGAGGAGAUCAUUGAGGACAGAGCCAAACUGAAGCAGGGCCUGGUAAAGGUCUUGGAGUGUGUGGCGACAAUCUCCUCAGCAGCAGCUGUGGUCAACCCCAUUUUCGGCGUGGCUGGCUCUCUUAUCCGGGUGGUCCUGCACCAUGUGGACGACGAGGACAUCCGCACCCUGAAGCGUGAGUUUGGCUCUGUCAACCGGGCCCUAGACCAGCUGUCACAGCAGAACCGCAGCGCUCUGCUCCAGAUAAAGAAGGAAACACUUGAUGGCCAGUACUGCAAGGUGGAGGAAAACCUGCGCAACCAAUUCCGAAAGUUCAUGGAGAUGGUGGACGCACGACCAGAGCACCGUGAGCGCAAAAAGGACGACUUUGAGGAGAGCUACGCCAACGACCUCGGUGACCAGAACCUGCACACGCUCUACGAGGGUGUAGUGGGCACGCCCAAGCUCUUCAGCAGGCCCAUCCUGGAGGUGUAUCUGAAGCACUCACAGGGUGACCGUGUAACCAUGGAGCGCCUCUGCACACGCCUCACCUACCUCUUCUGCAUCGGGCUCAUCGCCCUCAUGGGCUACGCCGCCAUCAUUGGAGACGAUGAAGAGGGUCUGAGUGAGGAAUGGGCUGAGAAGAUGGAGAACGUGCAAGAGAAGAUGCAGGAGGCCCUGCGGAGGUGCAAGUGAAGAAGAUAAAGAGCCCUCUCUAUUUUCUGCUUAGCCGACAUGUUGAGGACCCUGUCCAUCAUUCUCUCACCAUCUUCUCCCCCGAUAACACUGUGUUUGCACCCUCUGUUGCCGUCUGCUUGAUUCAAACCCACACUGGGUAUUGAAGAAAAUCAGGUCUGUAGAGACACUGCUAACAUUGAGCUAACUUCUGUUUUCAACAGCUUGUGACAGAGCUGCACACAAAGUGGUCGUUGAACCAAUAGGGAACAUAUUAGCGCCAGUCUUAAUUAAAAUGCCGAUAUUAUCGGUCGAUAAUGUGCCUAAAGUUUCAAUUUGCCUUCAUCAACAUCCCCAUACUAUCAAGGUUUGUUAAUACGAUUACUCCAGGGAAAAUAUAGUGGUUGGAAUUGACAUAGACACAAAUAUUUGAUUUACAAUCAGACAGUUAUUAGGUGUUUGAUAAUCACAAUUCUUUAGACAUUAUCUCGCAAAGCUAAAAUUGGUUGACUCCGUGAAAGAAUAUAUCAUCCUUACGAAACGCUUCCAACAAAAAUGAGCUACAUGAAAAUCUACGUGUGUCUGCCUCCCUAAAUAUUGACACCAUCUCCGGAAAAAUUAAAUUUGUGUCACCCGGACGGCAGAAAACCCUUCUGUUGACUGGCUGUGGUCUGUACCCCUGACAGUAUGCACUUUGGAGAAUGUUUUGGAUUAUAUUGAAAGUUCAGGAGCAUACAGAUAACAAUGAGAGAAGCUUGGUGUAUUGCAAUCAACAAUUAGGCUGUUGAAUGAGGCAGAGCCACAUUAUAAAGUUUGUGAGUAAAACCCAAACAGGACCCAGGACUGGGUUUUCCUGUAAUAUGAAUGUAUGACCACUAGAGGGCAUCACUUGUACCAAUUCUACAAUAGUUUAAGCGGGCCCGCAUCAUUAUAAUAGCAGUAAAGUAUGGCAUUUUAAAUGUGCUAGUCAAACGGAGUGCUUCAUUAUCCUAACUUAUGCGACUACAUUGUUCGCAAAAUGCUGUGACCAACAAGGAACAAACAUUCAACUGUUUUCAGAAAUAUGAACAUGACUCGUCUAGAUUUCACUGCGUUAACACUUCCUGUAUGCAGGUGCACACUCGAGCAUGCUCACGUGUUCCUCAUACACUGAGCUUAUGAUAGAUGCAUGAACACUAAGAUUUCAUCGAAAAGCUACACUAAAUUUUAAACAGCUACCACUGUAAUAAUUUCUAUUUGAUUUUUUUGUAUUUGCAGGCACUCGAGUUUUUGUAAAGGUGAAAGUAAUUCAGAUCAUAACACUAAAAUGCCUCAUGAGUUCUGAUGAAUCACUGCCAAGCACAAUAGUGACGUGACCCCAUCAGAGCAACAUGGACACCGAACAUCACAAUUCCCAGAUCAUAAAGCAGUCAAAUAAUUCUGCAUCUGUAAAUUACUUCCAUUUUUUUUGUCAGUAUAGAAAUUAUGAGUAAAAAAUAGAGAAAAAAAAUCUUUUUCCAAUGUCCAAUGUACCAGGAACAACUCGAGCUUUUCCUGUCUUCAGCUUGCCUUUCUGUUUUAGAGAAGAUGCAUUUCUAUAUCUAUGUCAUGGUAAAUGGAUAUUGUCCUGCGACAACUCCCUCUGAGCAGUGUGGUUCCUAUUCCCCCCCAUGUAUACCACCAACAUUACUAAUGCAAGAGGUGCGCCUGGGGUUGCAUGUAAAUGAACAGAAUUUAAAAAAAAAAAAAAGAAAGAAAAAUUUGGUUAGUAGGUCACUGUGAUUUGCAAAUUUUUUGCAAUUGAUGUUGAAUUAUAGUUUGAAUUAUUUUUCAUCUCAGGUUAAACUUCAGUUAAAGUAACGUUGCUGUCCUGCUCUUCUUUUGCACCUCCUCAAGACCAACAGUGCCUGAAUUUGUGCUGCACGUUUUACUUCUUUUCUUUUGGGUGUUUGUCUUGCUCAUUUAACUGUACUAUGUUUAUUAUAGUCUCCACGUGUCUGUUCAGCCAGAACUUGAGGCCAUGUACAAUGCUGGGUCCAAUAGUGUUUGCAGAUAAGUCAGCCAUUUGCUUAGACGCACUUUAAUUUCCAGAGGUGGAGAUCCAAGGGUUAUUGUGCCAUGAACGUAAUCAAUCAUAAUAUCUGACUUCCUAAAAUCUUCCUAUGAUCAUCAUGUCUAUUAAUCUAUAUCUAUGUAUAAUUGUCAAACUUUUAUGACCUUGUAUUUUAUGACCCUUUUGGUAAUCACCAUCAUCGUCCACGUGGAAUAAACGCCUUUUUUUACCCCUGCAAGUAAUAUUUGACCCAGGUCAGGUCUGACAUUUACACUAUCGCGGUCCUGCUUUUAGUCCAGAGCUGCUUCAUUAUAAUGGUUAAAGGUUUUUGUUUCUACUCUUUCAUAUUAUACAUCUGCAAUCAAAACCAUACAGAAACAUGCUAUACUAUACAUAGCGAUAAUGCUGUUAAAUAUUAUUAUGAUCUGAGGCUUUUUGAGAUUGUUAUUUUUGAGAAUAUGCUGCCUUUUUUUGUUAUGUAAAUUUGUUUCCUGGUCGAAUAUGAUGCAACACUACAAAUAAACACUUAAAGGAA